AUUGCAUCCAUAGCGCUUUCCAUGAGGUUUUGUUUUUAAAGCCAAUUGUAUGCUUUGUAACAAUGAAAUGGUUUAUUAUGGAGAUAUUUUAUAUUGGACUUUGGAUUAAGCCACAAGAUCUCUAGGAGUUUUGCUAAGCUCUUGAUUGGACUCUAAGAACAUAACAUACUGAUAAACAGAACUGCUUGGUUUUAUUCAACCAAACGAGGAUAUUUAAUGGAUAUUUUCAGAAUUUGAUGACUGAUUUAUUUAGAUUUUGUAUUGGGUGAUUAGUACAAACAGGGAUAUAGGAAAGAAGAAAACUUAUGAAAUCAAGAUGGCUGACCAAAGAUUAAGACAACUUAAGUUGGAAACAAUUCUUCAUUGAGACGAAAAGGAACUAAAUCUGAAAGGAUAACAUAGUAUCUCAAUGAAAUGUUUGGGUUAUAAACAUUCCGGGAUUAACUGUUUCUCACUCUCGGGAAAGAUGGGAAAUUUGUGUAACAUAGGGGCUCCCGACCCGGACAAUGCCUGGAAGGCCCAAAAUGCGGAGAUGAUGGAUAAUCUGGUCUACCAUUAUGUGAACCUCGCAGGCGGGGGGAAGCUAGUAGAUGCCUAUAUAGAAUAUGGUGAAUCUGCAGCUGUACGGAUGAUAGUAGAUGAGAUAGAGUUCUAUCUUUACAGUCAUGGGAAAGGUUACCAUAUAGCGAAGAAUGAUUUCGCUAGGUGGAAGUACAAGAUGUUGAACAAAGUUAAAGGGUCUUCCAUAGUUGACACAAGAACAGACGCAGAGGUCCUCGCUGAAUUCCAAGAGGAUGAAUUUAAUAAAUUUCAUGAACACGAUGCAUGCUGGGACCUUAACAAAAGAGGAGCUGUUGGUGAAACAGCCCUCCAUUUAUGCUUCUUAAAAUCAAAUGAUAGUCCUGUCCAUUUGGAUAUUGCCAACAUACUGCUCAAACUGUACCCAAAACUCGCCUUAGAUAUAUAUGAAGGAGAAGAAUACUUCGGGGAGAGUUGUCUUCAUAUUGCAAUAGUUUAUGGUGACGUGAAGUCUGUGCUACUUCUACUGAAAUAUGGUGCUAACGUUAACCAGAGAGCGACAGGCCGCUUUUUCUUGCCAGAGGACCAAAAACGCAAGAACAAAGCCAAGGAGACAAACUAUAAUGGUUAUGCCUAUUUUGGAGAGUACCCUUUGGCUUUUGCUGCGUGCUUUGGUCAUGAAGCGAUAUAUGACCACCUGAUACACCAUGGUGCUGACCCUGAUCUGCAAGACUCCUUUGGCAACACAGUAUUACACAUGCUUGUCAUACAGAACCAGUCAGGGAUGUAUCGCUAUGCUGUAAAGCACCAUACUAAGGCAGCAAACCCGAACAUCAAGAACAUCUACAAUAUGACACCGCUGCAACUUGCCAGUAAACUGGGCAGAAACAAGAUCUUCAAUGAAAUGAUGGAGCUGAGCAGUGUGGAGGUGUGGAGAUACAGUAACAUCACAUGUUCCAAGUAUCCAUUAGAUGCCAUUGAUACUAUCAAAGAAGAUGGAAAAACAAAUUGGAACUCAGCUCUGAUGUUGAUCUUGAAAGGUGAAACAGAUGAACAUUUGGAAAUGUUAACAGGGGGAGUGAUCAAACAACUCCUGGAUGAGAAAUGGAAAACAUAUGCCCAGUCCUUGUAUUUGAGACGUCUCUUAGUGCUUGUGUUUCAUCUAAUAGCACUUGUAUUUGUUGUGUGUCUAAGACCUGACAGAAAUUAUGACCUCAGGUUUGGUCAUACUGACCUUGACCUUGUGCGCUAUAUAGCAGAGAUCAUUGUUUGUUUGGGGUGCCUUUCCACAUUCCUACUACAGAUAGAGGAGAUUUAUGCACAGGGGCUGGUAGCCUUCAUGAAAAACUUGGCUAGUGCUCCGGCAAAGUCCAUCUUCAUGGUAUCGUGUUUGCUGAUAUUAUUGUGUGUGCCCAUGAGGUUCCUGGAGAUGAGGAAUGCUGAGGAUACCCUAUUAGCCCUUGCUGUCCCAGGCUCAUGGACAUAUCUUCUCUUCUAUGCCAGGAGUUCCACAUUGUUUGGUCCAUUUGUGAUCAUGAUUUAUAAAAUGUGUGCAACAGACAUGGUCAGAUUUGGGAUAAUAUAUGCCAUAUUUAUGUCUAUGUUUACGCAAGGCUUCUACUUCCUCUUCAAAGACAUCAAUGUAGCUGGUAAUCCAUCAGUUAGUACGGAUUUUACAAGCCCAGACAUUGCCUUCCUUACCCUUUUUCAGAUGACACUUGGGGAAUUUAAGUAUGAAGAAUUUGGAAAGACUCGUCACCCAAUUCUAACGAAGGCCUUGUUUACGGUGUUUGCAUUCCUUGUGCCAAUUCUCCUACUGAACAUGUUGAUUGCCAUGAUGGGUAACACUUACCAGACUAUUAUAUCUAAAUCAGAAAAGGAAUGGCGUCGCCAGUGGGCCCAGAUUGUUGUAGUGUUAGAGAGGUCUUUCUCCCAGAGCAAGUUAGCUAAGUACCAGGACUCGUACGCUGUCAGGAUGAGCACAAAUACACCUGCAUUGAUGGUAAUAAAGGCUUCUAACAAAACACGUGCCCGUCAGAGGAAGGGUGCAGUUAGUGCAUGGAAGCUGGCUUACAAACUAGUAAAGAAAAUGAACAAGGAAAAGCAAGCAAAGGGAAUUAACGGUGUUCUUGACCUUGAAUCAGAUUUUGUCAGAGGUGAAAUUCAACGACAACAAAUGCGACGACGUGCUGGCUCCAUGUUUGGUGAUGACGCUGGGUUCGGUGAUUUGAUGAGCCAGUUGGCAUUCGUCAAAAAUGUGAAUUUGGAUGUUGGUAUGAACAAUAAUAACAGAGGAGAUAGUAUAGAAAAUACAGACACAACUCUACUUGAUGAACAAGAGGAUAACACAAAUGAACAAAUCUCAAACCAUUCCACACCCAAAAAGACAAAAAAAUCUCAGAGUAAAAGUAUAUUGAAUUUGAGUUCUCCAAGUAAAACUUCAUUAGACAGAGUUCCACUUUUACCAUUAGGUAAUAAACGUGAAAGUCAAGAUGGGUUUGAUAACCCAUUGUUUGAUAAUGAUAUUAUUAUGCAUAAGGCUGAUAGAGGAGAGAGAGUUGAAUUAGUGGAUCUACCCCACACUGUACGUAAUGGUAGCCUUAAGAACCCUAGUAAUCAUGGGGCAAACAGUGCAAGUAAACCAACCAGUCGGAUUUCAAGUAUAGCACUUGAGUUGGAUGACAGAGACCAAACAGGAUCAAGCAGACCAAUGACACGAAAGUCGACCCGUGCAGGAAUGGACACUUUUCGUGAAGUAGAACUAGCUGACGCAUCGGUCCCAGCACCCAAACAGACCAAACCAGGUUCUGGCGGGUCAAAUGGGAGUGGUGGGAAACGAAAGAAGAAAUCAAAUGCAGUUGAUGUUGCAAAUCAAAAUAUACCUAAGUUUCCUAGCACUGAAUUAUAAUGUAGAUAUAUAUAAUAGGGACACAAAUUAUAUACGUGUUUUACUCAUUGGUUCUGUGUUGUUCGCAAUUUGUGUUCAGUUUCAGUUAGUUAUAAUGUACAGUAAAACAUGUUGUAGGUGAACACCUAAAAAUUAAAAUGAACACAUCUCAAUGUGGAACACUUUAAACUGAUUUCAGGUUUUGGAUGUCUUAUCAACUUCCAUAUUAUCAAAUACGUUUGGCUUAAACCAGACCCAGCUGGUUUAACAUUUGACAAACAACGGUAAAUCACAAAAGAUACUACAUGAUAGGAUAUACAGGAUCCUUGCAGCUGAAUUAAUGCUUCUUUUUAGUAUUACUUUUUGAGCAUUGUUCUGUGUAUGCACUCUGUGAUAAUAUCCCAUAAUAAUAAGGCAGCAUGACUGGAGUUGUAUUAUAUUAAGGUGAUAUGGAGGUACAUGUUUAUUACAAGGCAUGAUGAUAGGACAUGUAUGUUACUUGUACUUAUAUGUUAUUAAACCAAGUCAGUGUCAUAUGAACAUCCAAAAGAACAUUUUUACCUGAAAGUCUUGAUUGGCUGCUCCAUCUUCUGUUGCCUUCAAGUCAGGUCUUUUACAUAGUUCUUCUCAUUAAGGCUGUCACAAUUGGAGAAGUUUACAGUUUUAAUUACCAAUCAGCAAGUUUUAAACCUCACGUUGCUUGGUUUUUUAAAAAUGCACCGUUACAAUUUACAA